CACGCGACGGUCUCCACCUCCCGCCCUUCCCUCUCUACCUCCCGGCCCUCCCGGCCAGUGAUGAGAUAUUCGGACAGGUGGGGAAGUGGCCACGGCAAUCGAAAUCACGUCCACGAGCGCGACCAUGGCCGAGUGUCACACCCAGAAUAAAGCCAAGCUCGUCUCUGAGACCCGACGGAGAUUCGAAGCUGAUUAUGUGACAGAUAAGUCAGAUAAAUAUGAUCCACGUGAUGUUGAAAGGCUACAACAAGAUGAUAACUGGGUUGAAAGUUACUUACUUUGGAGGCAUAAUAAUGUCGAUGAAACACUGAAGAUGCUUGAUGAGAGUUUUCAGUGGAGGAAAGAAAUGUCUGUCAACGACCUCACUGAAUCUUCCAUUCCCAGAUGGUUAUUGGAAAUAGGUGGUAUUUAUCUGCACGGUUAUGACAAAGAAGGCAACAAGUUGUUCUGGAUCAGGGUGAAGUAUCACAUAAAAGACCAUAAAACCACACUGGACAAAAAGAAGCUUAUCGCAUUCUGGUUGGAACGUUAUGCUAAAAGAGAAAAUGGGAAACCUGUAACAGUGAUGUUUGACCUGUCAGAAACUGGAAUAAAUAGCAUUGACAUGGACUUUGUGCGCUUUAUCAUCAACUGCUUUAAGGUUUAUUACCCUAAAUACCUCUCAAAAAUGGUGAUCUUUGAUAUGCCUUGGAUAAUGAAUGCUGCUUUCAAAAUUGUGAAAUCCUGGCUUGGACCAGAAGCAGUGAGUUUGUUGAAGUUUGCAAGUAAAAAUGAAGUCCAAGACUAUGUCAGUGUAGAAUACCUGCCUCCCCACAUGGGUGGAACUGAUCCUUUCAAGUAUAGCUACCCACCGCUAGUAGAUGAUGAUUUCCAGACACCAUUGUGUGAAAAUGGACCUAUUGCCAGUGAAGAUGAAGCUUCAAGUAAAGAAGAUCUAGAGAGUGAUGGCAAAGAAACCUUGGAAACAAUUUCCAGUGAAGAACAAACAGCUCUUCUAAAAAAGAUUAACGUUACCGAACAUACUUCCAAAGCAGAGGAAAAUGAAAAGGUUGAUUCCAAAAUGAAAGCUUUCAAAAAACCAUUGAGUGUGUUUAAAGGGCCCUUACUACACAUCAGCCCAGCAGAAGAACUGUAUUUUGGAAGUACAGAAUCUGGAGAGAAGAAAACUUUAAUAGUGUUGACAAAUGUAACUAAAAACAUCGUGGCGUUUAAGGUGAGAACAACUGCUCCAGAAAAAUACAGAGUCAAGCCAAGCAACAGCAGUUGUGACCCUGGAGCUUCAGUUGACAUAGUUGUGUCUCCCCACGGGGGUUUAACAGUCUCUGCCCAAGACCGUUUUCUGAUAAUGGCUGCAGAAAUGGAACAGUCAUCUGGCACGGGCCCAGCAGAAUUGACUCAGUUCUGGAAAGAGGUUCCCAGAAACAAAGUGAUGGAACAUAGGUUAAGAUGCCAUAUUGUUGAGAGCAGUAAACCAACCACCCUUACAUUAAAAGACAAUGCUUUUAACAUGUCAGAUAAAACCAGUGAAGAUCUUUAUCUACAACUCAAUCGUUUACUAGAAAGCAAUAGGAAGCUUGAAGACCAAGUUCAGCGGUGUAUCUGGUUCCAGCAGCUGCUGCUUUCCUUAACAAUGCUCUUGCUUGCUUUUGUCAUGUCUUUCUUCUAUUUGUUGUACACUUAAAGAAGUGGAGUUCAGUGAGAAACAUGGCUCUUUCGCUCAUUAGUUGGAAAAAGACCCAGAACUUCAUGUUACUAAAAGUUUUGCACUUCUGUGCUUCCUGAAAGGAAAUGUGCAACACUUAGAGGGGAACAAAUACGUGUCUCGAAAAUAAACUCUGUUAGAAUGAGGAAACACUGGAGAAAUUGAGUAUAAGAGAUCAUAGUUAUAAAGUCAAGGCAUAGCCAUUGUGUAAAUUAAUACUUUAGAUAUAAUUUAUUUUUUCCUUUUGAUUUGAAUACUUCUAAAGUUUGUUUUAUUAUAUGUAUACAUUAGCUGGACUGAAAAGUAGAAGUAACAAGCUUUGUCACAGCCAAAAAAUGUAAUCUUUUUUUUAUGACAAAAUCAUUAUAGCUGAGCCAACUUAUUAGCUUUUCUAUACUAUGUAUAUAGAACGUGUAUAUUGAAAAAAAAAAACCCGUACUUAAUACAGAUUAAUUUCUGUGAACACGACUUUGUAAUUUUGAGAAUUCCUUCCAGAUGCUAGUCAAUAUUCUUUGGGUAUGUGAAACAAUUUAAUGCCAAACCACCUUUUAGCCUUUGUUUCUUAUCUGUCUUCCUUAACAGUCUGCCUUUUAUUAAUCUCGGACUUUUUUAUGAACACUCACAUUUAGACAGAAUUUGGGAAACUAAGUUUGCUUGGGUUUUCUUGGUCCUCUCUUCCAGUCUUUUUUAUGCAGUUUCCCAUCGCUCACUGGGGCGGGACACUGACCCCCAUGCUGCAUUUCUUAUAAGGGUCUAAUCCUCCUUUUUCUAAAUGACAGGAGUUAAAAUUUCUUUGAAACCUUGGUUUUGAGAUGCAGAGCAGAAUUCAUUCACAUUUCAGUUUCGCGUGAACAUCGGCCACAGGAAGGAAACUUGACACAACACUGGAGUACCUAUAAGCGUGGGGGGAAAAAAAUCAAAACUCAAGUGUCGGUUCUCCAUUUAGGAAUGAAAACUAGAAUUCCUAGACCAGGGCUGUUGCACUUGCUGGAUACUCUGCCUUUGUCACAGUAAUCCUGAGGGUGGGCCCUAAAUUCCUAAAAUGAUACAACUUGCAGGGGCAGAGGCGGAUGAAAUCAGUUUGUUUUCUCACUCAUACAGCCAUUUUCAGUUCUCGUCGGUUCACAUGUAACUAUCUGAAAGAAAACAUAGUCUGCCUGUUAAAUAAAUGUUGAGUUUUGAUUGA